AUGGACGCCGACGAAGUUAGUUACGUUGACGCUAAUGAAGAUAACUGGAGUCAAAAUGAUAUGUGGAUGGUUAUCUCGAAAUUCUUCGAGAACCGUGGUCUUGUUAAGCAACAGCUUAAGUCAUAUAAUAGUUUUAUCAAUAAUUGCGUUGAUUCAGUAUUAGACGACAAAGGCCACAUCACUCUCCAGUCCGAUCAGCUCCUUGCAAACAAAAUCAAAAUGGAUUUCAACUCAAAUGACGAUGAUGAAGAUCAAGGCAAGACAAUCCAUAUCUCUUUUGGAACAUCUACCGUCCUUCGUCCAACUACUCCCGAAGGCAAGCAACUUACACCUAUGAUCAGCCGUCUUCGUAGUUUAUCUUAUUCGUUGAUCUUAAGAUCAGACAUCAGAGUUGUUGUUAUGGAUAGCAACAAGAAUAUGAAGCAAUUGGAUGUCGAUGGCGUAGAGAUUGCCAAGGUUCCUGUUAUGAUCCGUUCUGAAUAUUGCCAUCUUUCAAACCAUCGUGACGACAGAGCAAUCAAUGAUAACCUUAAUGAGUGCGAUUACGACCCUGGAGGCUACUUCAUCGUCAAUGGCUCAGAAAAAGUUAUCAUUGGCCAAGAACAUAUGGUUAUUAACAAACCAAUCUGCUAUGCCCAGAAAUCCAUGGUCAAAUACGAUCUCGCUACAGAAAUUCGUUCACAGCCAAAAGUUUUUGGUCGUCUUUCUCAGCCAUUUAACCUCUUUUUACUUGCUCCAACUGCAAAACAACCAGAACGUCCAAUUCAUGCCAAAUUAUCAAAGACAGAGAAAACUAUUCCAUUAUUCAUCUUAUUCCGCGCAUUAAAGUUCAAGGGUGAUAAAGAAAUUCUCGAUUUAAUUUGUUACGAUCCAGAAGACUCUGAAUUCAUCGAUGUUCUUCGUCCAUCCAUCGAAGAAUCAUCUUCCUUCCUUGAUGACAGAGCCUGCCUUGACUUUGUCGGUAAAAGAUGCUCAAUUGCCGCUGAAGAGAAAUCUCAACGUCUCCGCAAAGCACAGAGGUUGCUUAACGAAUACUUGCUUCCUCACCUUGGCGAAAAGGAGAGCGAUACAACUUCAAAGGCAUUUUUCAUCGGAUAUAUGGCUCAUAAUCUUAUCAACGUCGUUCUUGGCCGUCGUGACCAGGAUGACCGUGACCACUACAGUAACAAGCGUUUGGACCUUGCUGGUCCUCUCAUUGGCCAACUUUUCGCCUUAUUAUUCGAAAAGAUGAUCAAAUCCCUUACACAGCAUCUCGAGAAGCGUCUUAAGGACGGCAACAUCGACCAAAUGGCCAAAUCAGCAGCAGAUCUUACAAGACAAGGCGUUUUGAACUUCAAAUCAAUUACAUCCGGUUUAGAGUACUCCAUUGGUACUGGCAACUGGUCAGUCCAACGCCAGGCCGGUUCCAAGGCUGGUGUCUCCCAGAUGCUUAACCGUCUUACCUUCCUUUCCACCUUAUCCAACCUCAGAAGAACGAACACUCCAAUUGGCAGAGAUGGCAAGCUUACUGGUCCUCGUCACCUCCACAACACGCACUGGGGAUACAUCUGCCCCGUCGAGACUCCAGAAGGCCAAUCUUGCGGUCUCAUCAAGAAUCUCGCUCUUAUGUCAAUUGUCACUGUCAAUCGCGAACUCGAGGCCGGCGAUGCAAUCACACGCAUUCUCGAAGACACAGGAACAAUUCCGAUCCAACAAAUCACUCCAGAUCAGAUCAAAGACAGUACAAAGAUCUUUUUGAACGGCGCAUGGUAUGGUAUCCACACUGAUGCUUACGAUCUCAUGGAAACAUUACUUUCCGAGAGAAGAUCCCUCAAGAUCCCGUCAGAUGUCUCUUUCGUCCAUCAUAUCCGUGACCAGGAAAUCUUCAUCUGGACAGAUGGUGGCCGUAUUACUCGCCCUGUCUUAAUUGUCAACGACAUGCACUUGACACUUAAGAAAUCAGUCCUCUACGACGAGAACACGAACUGGAAAGUCCUCAGAUACAAAGGUAUGGUCGAAUACUUGGAUAUCGACGAAGAAGAGACAAAACUCAUCGCUCUUUCCCCAGCUGACCUCGAAGAAAACCGUAACAGUCCUACAGGCGUGAAGACUUACACUCAUUGUGAAAUUCAUCCCUCAUUGAUAUUCGGUGUUUGCGGCACAAUCAUUCCAUUCCCUGACCACAACCAGUCACCACGUAAUACAUAUCAGUGCGCUAUGGGUAAACAGGCCAUUGGUUUGUACACAACAAACUACAUGAUCAGAAUGGAUUCAUCAUCACACGUUUUGUGGUAUCCUCAGAAACCAUUAGUUGCAACAAGAAACAUGCGCUAUCUUAAUUUCAACAAACUCCCUGCAGGUAUCAAUGUCACUGUUGCUAUUUGCUGCUACACGGGCUAUAACCAGGAAGACUCAUUGAUGUUGAAUGCUUCUGCAAUCGACAGAGGAUUGUUCAGGUCAUACUUCUUCAGAACAUACAAAGAAACAGCUGAAGGUGAUGGCACUGAAGGAGCUUCUGAAGUAUUCACAUUCCCUGACCCACAGACAGUCAAAGGAAUCAAGUUACACGAUUCUUCUAAAAUUGACGCUGACGGUUUGGCCAUUCCAGGCGCAGUUGUUUCUGCACAGGAUGUCAUCAUCGGAAAGAUCUCUCCGGACUCACCGACAGAGCUCGACCACAGACAGUACAAAGAUACAUCAUGCGUUGUUCGUCCUAUGGAAACAGGUGUUGUCGAUUUGGUCUUGAGAACAAUCACAAAGAAGAACUUGCAGUUGGCAAGAGUCAGAACGAGACAGAUGAGAAGACCAGAAAUCGGUGACAAGUUCUGUUCAAGGCACGGACAGAAAGGUGUCUGCGGAAUGACGUACAGACAGGAAGACAUGCCAUUCACAAGGGAUGGAAUGGUUCCUGACAUCAUCAUGAAUCCUCACGCUCUUCCUUCCCGUAUGACAAUCGGUCACUUGAUCGAGUGUUUGCUCGGAAAGUGCACAGCAAUCGAUCCACAGAACGCUGAUGAAGGUGAUGCAACACCUUUCUGCGGUGUUACUGUCGACGCAAUCGCAAAGAGAUUGCAGGACGCAGGAUUCGAGAAGUACGGAAAUGAAACACUCUACAACGGAAGAAGCGGAAAGAGACUCAAAGCGAAGAUCUACUUCGGACCAACUUACUACCAGCGUCUGAAGCACAUGGUCGGUGACAAGGCACACGCAAGAGCUCUAGGAAGAAAGUCACUCAUCUUGAGACAGCCAGUCGACGGAAGAGCAAGAAACGGUGGGCUCCGUUUCGGUGAAAUGGAACGUGACUGUUUGAUCGCUCACGGUGUCUCAGCAAUGAUGAGAGACAGAUUGCUCGAGAACUCCGAUCGCUACUUCGUUCCUGUCUGCAAGACUUGCGGAUUGAUCGCUAUCGAGAAGACUGAUGGAACAAUGGAAUGCCCAGCUUGCCAGGAUGAGGGAAGAUUGGCAAAGGUCGAAAUGCCUUACGCUUUUAAACUCGUCAUCCAGGAAUUGAUGUCAAUGUGCAUUGCUCCUCGUCUUAACUUGAUUGAAGAUUAA